AUGGACUACAGUGACAAGGAACACAUCACCAAAGAAAUAGACAAAUUAUACCAAGACAACAGGGAAUUAGUACACUUAUCACAGAACAACACUCACAUCAUCAGGAGUGAAAUAAACGAAAUUCUAAAACAUGAAUGGUUCGAACAUCAGCUUACAUCAAGCAAGCAUCAAUUAUUCUCUAUGGCUGCAGAUGAGCAUAUUCACCUGAUGACCAACCACCUAAGGACUCUCAACAACGCAGAAAAGACCAUAGAAGAGGCAAAAUGGGGUAAACUCACCUAUUUAACAGUGUCAGCUAAACAACUACAUCGAGCAACUGCUGAUAUGAUGAAAAAACAUCCAACGUUAAACCCACCUCAACCUCUGGAUCUCAUGGACAUCAAUACACUAGCCAGAGCUAUCGACAGUGGAAACAGGAAAAACAAAUGGACACUUCCUGAUAAUAAUCACCGUGCCGCUUUUUGA